GAUUGGCAGAGGGGGGUGAAGGACACUGGUGGAGGCCAGUGGAGGGAUUGGCAGAGGGGGUGGAGGACACUGAAUGGAGGCCAGUGGAGGGAUUGGCAGAGGGGGGUGAAGGACACUGGGUGGAGGCCAGUGGAGGGAUUGCAGAGGGGGGUGAAGGACACUGGUGUGAGGCCAGUGGAGGGAUUGGCAGAGGGGGGUGAAAGGACACUGAGUGGAGGCCAGUGGAGGGAAUGACAGAGGGGGGUGUAUGAUUCGGGCGGAGACCGAGGGGGUGAGGUGGGGGGCGGAGACUGAGGGG